AUGGACACGCUUCAGGCUCCGGCUUGCCAGGGUGACGGGGAGCUGGCCCCGAGCAGCAGCCAAGACAUUCCGUCAUGCCAGGGCUGUCGACUCCGCAAGCUGCGGUGCUCGCGUGUCCCAUGUGUGUACGAACUCAAGAAGAACAAGCCGGGGCUCAAGCUUGGUGCUGUAGAGGCCCUCAAUCGACGGAUGGAGGCUCUCGAGCAUGCCGUUCUUGAACUAUCUCGAAACCAGUGCAAUGGCUCACAUGCUGCCGAGGCAGCCAGGUCACCGUCCGCACCAUUACCCCAGCAUCGCGUACGCACCACUGUAACUGCUUCCGCACAGCACGCGCAGCCGCCAGCCCUGGCCUCGCCCCGGAGAGACCUCGACCAUGCCGUCGUUUCAGAUGAAGCGGAACCUGGCAUAGAUCGGACGCGGAAACGCCGAAAGCUCGAUAGUUGUGGCAACAUAGCGAUAGAUGUAUUCUGCCCACUCGAGCAGUUGAACAAUGGCGUAUCGUCGUUGCCACAACCAAGAGUGAUGGAGAGCAUCAUCACGACAUACUUUAGCCUGAUCCAGCCCUGGAUCCCAAUUUUGCACGAGACCCGAUUCCGCGCACAGCUGCACGACACAAAAAGGCAGCACGCACUAAUUAACAUCCUCCACGCCAUGGUUGUCGCCACGGGCGAGAAGUAG